GGGGGAAUAACAUACAUUUAUAAAGGGGGGGCAUCAGCAGUGUCCCACUUGAGCUUCUAUUGAGGUAACAAAGUUUAGAACGGCGAAGAGUGUCAGAACAUUAGACCGUGACACAACAUCUGCACUGCUGUCCCAAAUUAACAUUUUAAUAUACACUGGGACAAUUUGAGACGAAGACGGACCAGGAAUUAUUUGGGGCUUAUCUGUAUAAAGCAUUUUCCAAAAGACCGAAGAAACUUCAUCAUCACAGAUAAACUUCAUAAUGGCUGAGACAGCAGCGGCACCAGCCCAGAAGGCGAAAAAGGCGAAAAUCCUUAAGAAAUCCACCUCGCAUCCCAAAUAUUCGGAAAUGAUCUUGACAGCUGUUCGAGCGGACAACACUCGCGGAGGUGCGUCUAGACAGUCUAUCCAGAAGUACGUUAAAAGCCAUUAUAAGGUGGGGGAGAACGCUGAUACACAAACCAAGUUAGCCAUCAAGAGGCUUGUGCAUUCUGGAACCCUGUGCCAAACCAAGGGUUCUGGGGUUUCGGGGUCCUUCAGAGUGGCCAAACCCCAAGAUACUACGAAGGCGCCGAAGUCUAAACCCCCAGAGAAGGGCAAGAAGAAACCCGUUAAAGCCGCCAAGCCCAAGAAGGUGACAAAACCAAAGAAAGUUGUCAAGGCAUCAGUUAAACCCAAGAAACUUAAAACGGUGGCUAAAACAGUGAAGAAGACAGCAGCGAAGAAGAAACCAGCAGCCAAACCUAAGAAACCAUUGAAGAAGCCCAAGGUCGCCAAACCAGCGAAGACGAGCAAAUCCAAAACGACCAAACCAAAACCCAAAGCCAAGACGACAAAGAAAGGAGCAAAGAAGUAAAGGAAAACAAACUUCAAAGACUUAACAAACAACAAGAGCAAAGAAACUCACUGUAAAUAGAUUUUUUGCUAAAAAAAAAAAAAAAAGAAAAGAAAAGUUUUCCUAUACAGUUGCCUAUGUUUAUGUUAUGUUAUUUUUGUAUCAUUCGUGCAUAGCCGACUUUAUCCGACCUUUUUCUAAGUAAUAUCCACUCUGUUGCACUGUAGUUAUUCUGAUCAUGUUAAGAAUAGCCUACCAGUACGUUUCCCCCUGUGGCUGUAUAUAUUAUUAUUAAUCAUCUUUGAACAUCAGACAAUUGUACCUCGAAAGACCCAUCACGAAUCGUUUGUGGCAAAUCUGGAAUUCUGAUUAAUCGAUUGAGUGUGUCAAUAACUUCUUCCAUGUAAAUUCCUGUGGAACGUACAGUGGUUUCAAUGGUAAGCUUAGUAGAGUUUAUCAAUGUUUAGGACUGUAUGCAGUUACGUCAGCGAUGUCUGAAAAAGUAAUGCAUAUACUGUUCCAUUCGGAUAAAAUGAAUGUUGUACAUUUAGAUCACAGUACAGUUCUUCUCCAUUCAAAUUUGAAUUCAGUUUUUAUAAAACAUACUAUGGAUUAAUUAUUUGAAAGUUUAUACUGAAAUAAUAAAACGUUUUCUCAUCUUAAAA